AUGGCUUCAUCAAAGAAAAAAGGUUGGAAGGGGAAUGCAGUUUCGAAUAAACGUAAAGGUCUUCGAAAUGCACACCCUGAUCUUACUAGACAUGGGCUGCUCUCAGAAAGUAUCGAAAGUACCAUAUUACAAUGCGCUGCAGAUAAUAGAACAGCAAAGGGAGGAGGCUUAAAACCCGGAAGAAAGUUGCGACAUACUAAAGUGCACUUUGUAAGCAAAGAGAGGGCACUAUCACUUGAGCUCGAGGAUGACAAAAAGGGGAAUUCAACUAUAGACUCGAAUAUAAGUUUCAAACAGAAGAGGGUAGAAAUUAUCAACAACAUUCACGAACCAGCUGGACAACCAGAUUCACACGUAUCGAAAAUAAACGAUGGCUUUGUAGUAGAUCUCGAAGGCGGUCCACAACCAUAUACAGGCCUUCCCCCACCUAGAUUGAAUACCAGCUCUCCAACUCCCUCUGAUUCUAGCGAGGAGAUUAUUCUCUACAAAGGCCGUAGUCACGCUAAAAACCUCACAUCCGAGAUGAGGAUAAAUUCUGUGGAUAAAACAACAGUGAACAAUCAAAAUUCAUGUCAGAUAAUUGAUGAUGACGUAAAGAUAAUAACUCCAUCAAUUUAUGAAUCUACUCGUGCAGAAAUAUUUUCAAAACCUGAUGCAAAAGUUUCAGAAUUUAACUUAGAAUUCAAACCAAGCCAGGGCAAACCACACAGCAUUCAUGAAAACGAAAAAGAAAAUGACAACGAAAGUAGAGGUAAUGCUCUCAUGGAAGAUUACAUUGCAAAUAUUAAUCUUGAAGACCCUCAACCUCUUGCCUCCUUCGCAAGUCGGGAGCUCGGAGCCGGAUUCUACGAUAACAAUAUUUUUCUUUCGAACAAUAUUUCUAACGAAAAUAGCGAUGUAUCUGAAGUAGAAACAGAGUCUGAUUUCUUGGGAGAAAGUGAUUCGGAUGAAACUGACCAUCUAGAAACAUUACAUGAAGAAAUACAAGAAAUAUUGGCUCAACGCGAGAGAAAUUCCGGCAUGCAAUACCUUGUAACUUUUCAAAAUCAGCCUCGCAGUGACGCCAGUUGGGUUCCUGCGAUUUCUCUCACCAGUACUAAUGCUAUAGAAAUACUAAGAGAUUUUGAAGAGCAAAUGGGCAUGGCAAUGACACUUCUUGAUAGUCCCGAGAACGAUACACUCAACUGUUAUACUGCAGUUUGCGAUAAAAAAGACGAAAACCUAAACAAAAAAGGAUAUAUUUCCCCCAAGGGCAUAACCCUCAGCGAUGGCAAAAGGUCAGCUUGCACGUCUUCCCAAAAACUGAAACAAAAAAAAGUCCAAAAUACAAUAAAACGUCAUGUAAGAGAUCCAAUUCGACACACUGAGGGUAUUAUCGCGUCUCCCGUCAAAGAAAUUCACCAAAAAGCUCCUUGUAAGCGUAUUGAUCAAUUGAAAGACUCCAAUGGUAAAUUUAAUCCCAAGAAUCCGAAGAAAGCAAGAGGAAAAAAAAGAAAGGCAGAAAAAAAAACCGAACGCGAGAAGCUUCGAGCGCAGGGACUAAUCGGAUGUAAGAAUGAGAAACCAGACUUGAGGCAAAAAUACAAAGGCGGAUUGAAUCUCAGCGCAUUAAAAGAAGAACUCAGAACCUUUUUGGCCAGCAAAAGCGAAUUUUUGGCGCUCCCUUACAUGGACAAAACUGGUCGUAAAAUUGUGCACGAUAUUGCAAGCACCUUUAACCUGAAAUCAAGAUCUAUGGGAUCUGGAAAGAAAAGGUUUCCUGUAAUUUAUCGCACGACUCGCACAUUAGCUUUUUCUGAAAAAGUCUUUUCGGUCUUCGAGUCUAGAUCUACUAAACAAUCCUUCCACCCAACAGAUGCCAGCAGGAAAUCAUAUUCCCAAAAAAAUACAAAAAGUCUCAAAAAAGAUGGUGGCUACCGAGAUGGGGAUGUCGUUGGUGGUUCUGCACCAGAAAUCCCUCCUGAAAACAAGGGCCGAGCGAUGCUCGAAAAAAUGGGCUGGAGCUUAGGAACAGCUCUCGGUGCUCUUGACAACAAAGGUAUACUGCAGCCAGUAUCCCAUGUCGUCAAGACUACCAAGGCAGGCUUAGGAUAA